AUGCAGAACACUGGAUCUCUCUGUAUCAAGUAACUUCUCGAAAGCUGCCAUGCUAAACACUCUUGCCACCGGUACCGUCGCAGCCGCUGUCAACCCCAUAACUAUGGCCAUGGUUCGCAGGUUCCCCGAAGCGAACAUGCAUCAUCAUGCACCCCACAGAGCCGAAAUGUUGUGGUCCCGGCGCGGUUUGACAUGUCGCGAACGGAAGGUUAUUCUCACUUUCCGCCUUUAACCAUCGAUUCCCCAACUCUCUUGCUUUCUUUUUCACGUUCUCUCGACGAGGGGAAAUAAGAAGAAGCUGUUUCGCCUUUCGAUUUUUCUUUCCCGGCCAGCAGCACAAGAAACGAUGAGUGGUCAACCCAAGAACUUUCGAUCCUCGAUGGAGAAGGCCAACACAGAACAUGCGGAGGUUGUUGAUCGGCUCAAGGAGCAGGCGGUAGGUACUGUUAGGCUAUACGAUGAAAACAAUAAUUUGAGACUCAUUCCGGUGCCUACUAAUGAUCCGAAUGAUCCACUCAAUCUCCCCAUGUGGAGGAAACAUAUGAUCCUCGCUACCAUGAUUCUUUAUGGUGUCGCUGGAUUGGCUGCCGUCGCGAAUAUUGGCAGUAUCCUCCCCGUACUGCAGAUGCAGUAUGGAGAUCCAGUCGUAGUCAUGGCAUUAUUGUCUCCUCCGAAUCCCGGAUCCAACGAGCCCGAAGUCGUCCGCACUGGAGAUCCGGCUACCACCACCGGAGCAGUAGUCAAGCCCGCUCAGCUUCCUCUUCCGUCGCUCUUCAUGGGCAUAUCCAACUUCAUUUCUGUCCCGCUCUCCCUGGCCAUCGGCCGUCGUGCCCUUCUAGUACUUCUCAUGAUCAUCACCACCGUGUCCAUGAUCUGGGCCGCAGUGUCCAAGGACUUUUGUCAUCAUCUGGCUGCGCGCUGUGUCAUGGGCUUUGGAGCGGGGAGCUUCGAGUCCUUGAGCUCGCUGGUGUUGUAUGAUAUCUAUUUCAUCCACCAGAGGGGAAAUUUACCUGUUCGGCGUCAUGUCCUCGAAGAUCAUAGUCGGUCUGUGUCCCCCGCUCCUCCUCCUCCCACGACCAAACUGACUCUUGUAGCCGACAAUCUCAUCGAAACCGACGCUUUCGGCAACGUCCAUGUUGUAGGCAAAGUCGGAGACGCCAACAUUAACAAUACGACCGGCCCGACAGCGCAGUCGACCUCUCUCGAGUCCGUCGUCGGCGGUUACGAGCCACGCAGCUGGGCAAACGACAUGAAGUUAUUCCGCGGCGCCACGGACUGGAGUCAAUGCUGGACCUGCUACCGAAACAUGCUCAAAGCGGCGGUUCUGCCCAACAUCGCCUGGGUCGUGAUCCUGAAUUCGAUCUGCAUCGCUGUCAUGAUUAGCUAUCUGACGACGUUUUCUCAACCGCUUAUGGUGUGGCAGAAGGGUGGCGCAUGGGCUGUCGAUAACCUGGGACUAUCGACGCUCGCGAUGUUACCCGCUUGCUUUUUCUCGUUCAUCGCGUCCGGCUGGGAUAUGGAUUGGAUCUCGAAGUAUAUGGCAAAGAGGAACGGCGGAAUCCACGAACCCGAGAGUCGUCUCCCCUCCAUAAUCCUCCCCUCAAUCUUCACCAUCCUCGGCAGUGUCCUGUACGGCGUGUCCAGCGAGCGCACCGACCAAUACCACUGGGCGGUCUCGCUUCUCAGCGCGUUCUUCCUCAACUUCGGGUUCCUCUCAUUAAACACCAGCCUUUCUGUCUACGCGGUUGAAUGCUACACCCGCUGGGCCGGGCCUCUCCUAGUAAUAGUCUGCGCGCUCCGCAACGUCGUGGGCUUCGCGAUGAACUUCAAGAUCGUCGACUUCAUUGCCGCGGGCGGUUACGAUGGUGCGUUUGGCAUCUUUGCGGGUAUCUUUGCGGGCGUGGCGAUGAUCGGCGUGCCGGUUUAUGUCUGGGGUAAAUUACUGAGGAGGUGGUCGGCUGGAUGGGUUGGGUUGACCGAUCGUUGA